GAACGUCCAAUUAAGGAAGGGAUCUCAAAUGAGACCAUUGUUUGAAAACAUUCCAUUUCCGCUGACAUUCAAAAUCUACAUUUUCAAUAUCACAAACCCUGAUGACAUCCUGAAUGGAAAUAAACCGAAAUUAAAUGAGAUCGGGCCUUAUGUUUUCGAUGAAUGGAAGCUUCGUGAGGAUCUCGUUGAUGAUGACUCGAAAGAUACAAUUACUUUUACAUUAAAGCAACUCUUCAAAUUCCGACCGGAUUUAUCUAAUGGUCUAACAGGCAAUGAGGAAGUUGUUGUCCCGAAUCUUGUCCUUCUUGCAUCGACUAUGACAGUAAAGCAGGAAAGAGAAGCUUUCCUACCAACUAUAAUUAAAGCUAUGCAUCAAAUUUUUGGUAAUGUAUCUAGUCCAUUUGUUCGGAUGCGUGCUAUGGAUUAUAUGUUCAGUGGAUUGGAAUUCAACUGUUCAGGAACUGAGUUUGCAGCAAAAGUUGUAUGUGCGGCAAUACGAAGUGAGGGAAUAGAGCAGGUGUGGGAUGGAGAUGAAUGUAAUCGAUUACGAGGAACAGAUAGCACAAUAUUCCCACCAUUCUUGGAACCGGACGAUGGUCUUUGGACUUAUACUCCUGACAUUUGUAUGUCAUUAAAAGCACAUUAUGUAAGAAAGUCAUCGUAUGCUGGAUUGCCGACCUCCUUGUACUCUAUCAACUUUGGUAAUUUUGAGGAUGAUGAGAAGAAGCUGUGCUUUUGUGAUGGAACUUGUCCACCAAAGGGAACAAUUGACUUGCUGCCUUGUUUGGGAUCUCGAAUUUAUGGUUCAAAGCCUCACUUCUUAGAUGCUGAUGAAAGUCUGUUAAGAGCGGUUGAGGGACUUCAUCCAAACCGUUCAGAACAUGAUGUUAUUGUGAACUUUGAAGCGAUAUCAGGAACUCCACUAUCGGGGGCGAAGCGAUUGCAAUUUUCACUAGCAAUGGAAGCAAUUGAAGAAUAUGAAAUGAUGAGCAAAUUACCGACAGCUCAAUUACCACUUGUUUGGAUUGAGGAAGUUAUAAAAUGGAUUGGAAUUGUGAGCAGCAUGAUUGGAUUAAUAAUAUCAGGAUUUGUCUUUUAUAAUGAGCAUCAUAAUAAAGUAUCAGUUUCAUCUACCGCAAACAAUGCGACAAGAGCUGUAGAAGCAAAUGGAACGUCAGCAAAAACAUUAGAUGAUCUUAUUUAUCUCAAAAACAGAGUUGAGGAAGUACAGAAUUCAAAAAAUGACGAGGAAAAUUAA